CCAAUUUUCCCCCAAUCUCUCCGAGCUCCGACAAUCCCCGGACCCGGCCGAUUGAUGCGGCGAUGGUGCGCGAGCUCCGCGUCGACUCCUUCUACGCCCGGCUCCGCGCCGCUGCGGGCUCCUCGUCCUCGUCCCCGCUCCUGAUCCUCCCGUCCGCCGCCGACGCCGACUCGCUGUGCGCGGUCAGGGUGCUCGCGCACGUCCUCUCCGCCGACUCCAUCCGCUUCUCCAUCUACCCCGUCUCCUCCGCCGUCUCCGCCAGGGCGCUCCUCGCCUCCUUCGCCGCCCCGGCCCCGCCCUGCCUCGUCCUCGUCAACUGGGGCGCGCACCGGGACCUGCGCGCGCUGCUGCCCGCCGCCUCCACCGCCUUCGUCGUCGACUCCCACCGCCCCGUCCACCUCCACAACCUCUGCGCGCGCAACGACCGCGUCGUCGUCCUAUUCACCGCCGACGACGAGCGCACCGCGGAUCUCUCCUACGACUUCGACCUCUCCGCGCUCGCCGACGCCUCCGACCUCGCCGCCGACGCCGGCGACGACGACCACCUCCGCGGCGGCCCCGGCUCCGACGCCUCCGACUCGGAGGAUUCCGAUGACGACGAGGAUGACGCCGGCGGUGGCAGGAGGAAGAGGCGCCGCCUCUCCGACGACGACGGCGACGACCCCGCCCCCAACACCGACCCCGUGAGGCUCUUCUGCAGGCUGCGCCGCGAGUACUACCGCCUCGGCACAUUCCACGGCAAGCCGUCGGGGUGCCUCAUGUACGACCUCGCGCACGCGAUGCGCAAGAACACCAACGAGCUCCUCUGGCUCGCCUGCGUCGCCCUCACCGACCAGUUCGUCCACGACCGCAUCACCAACGAGCGCUACCAGGCCGCCGUCAUGGAGCUCGAGCAGCACAUCAACGGCUCCGGCAACCUCGACCCGUCCGGCGCCGGCUCCGUCGUCACGCUCAAGGACGGCACCAAGAUCCGGGCGCCGGAGGCCUCGCGCAUCGCCUACGAGGACGAGCCCAGGCUCAUGCUGCUGCGGGAGUGGAGCCUGUUCGACUCCAUGCUCUGCUCCUCCUACGUCGCCACCAAGCUCAAGACCUGGAGCGACAACGGGCUCAAGAAGCUCAAGCUGCUGCUGGCCAGGAUGGGCUUCCCGCUCGCAGACUGCCAGAAGAACUUCCAGUACAUGAGCAUGGAGGUCAAGCGCAAGAUGCGGGAUGAGUUCGACCGCUUCCUGCCCGAGUACGGCCUCACCGAGUUCUACUACCGGAGCUUCUUGAGAGUGCACGGCUACAGGUCCAAAGUUUCUGCGGCAGAUGUUGUGUACGGUGUCACGGCGUUGCUUGAAUCACUGGAUUCCCAGUCUAAGGACACAAAGGAGUCUUCAGCGGCUGAGCAGUUUUGGGUUGCUUACUCUGCACUAUCACUGAGCAACGCUGACCAGUUGCGAAAAGGGAUGCUGUCUGCAAUUGAGAUACAGAGGGCAAUAUUGAGACAAGGAAGCUCAGCGAUUACUAAGACAGGGUUUAUACGGAGUGCCAAGAAGUUCCGGUGGGUGAAGCUUGAUGACCCUGUCGACACUAACAAGCUUUGCCACCCGCAAGCACUUACCAAGUUCUGCUUCUUUCUGCUGGAUGCUCUCAAGGAAAGGGGUGCAAGGAUGAAGCCACUGAUCUGUGCUUGCUUAGCAAAGGAGCCAGAGAAGGUGCUAGUUGUCGGGGUAUGUGGGAAGCCAAGGCUUGGGGCUGUCCAGGGGAAUGCGUUUGGUAAUGCUUUCAGGUAUGCGGCAGAGGAGAUUGGUGCGGACUAUUUCCAUGACAUGUUUGAGUCAUCGUGGAUUGUUCUGGAUGUUGUUGCUGUCAGUUCUUUCAUGAUUCGAUUAACGGAGAAGCUAUGAUCAGAUGGCACGAGGUUUAUACAACGUGGAUCAUUCUUUCAGUUCCCAGGACGGGAGAGUCAGGCAUGAUCCUCUCCAAAUAAAGGUGCUGGAGAUCAGGUGCUAGACGAUAUGCAUUUUCCUAAAUACCAGUCCACCUGCCAUUUCACUAACCUAGUGGUAGCAGGCCUGACAGGCUUUCUGCUUUCUUUGUUUGAGCUGGCCAAUGAUCAUGCCUAAAGAAAGCUGAGAAAAAUGAGUUUCUUCUGUUUUAACAUCCCCAUUAGCCAAUGAUAGAUCUAUAGGUUCAGAUGCAAAUCUGAUUCUAACAGAGGGGGUAAGGUGUAUUUGUUUACUGUUUAUGUUUUAUCUGAUAGAAUGGAUGGUUGUACCUGUAUCUGCAUAAACAUGCAUGUGGACAUUUCUUGUAUUCAAUUCUAUAUCACAAGUCUCUUGCAAUGCUAUUAAAUUCAUAACAAACGCUUUUAUAUCU